UAAUACUGGUUUUCAGACUUAAACAAAAGGCUUGUUCGACUUCGUGCGGCGCCGCAAGAACCAACAGCCGGAUGACGUCAAAGUUCCGCGAGAGCGAGUUAAAAGCAAAGUCCUCCAUAUGAUUUCGCGAAUCGCUCUCGCGGUACUUUGACGUCAUCCGGCUGUCGGUUCUUGCGGCGCCGCAUGAAGUCGAACAAGCCUAAUGUCUCUUUAGUUUAAAACAGGAAAGAUUUUAAUUGGACCACAGGACUCGUGCAUUAGAGCUGUCACCGGCCCGUUGUGUUCAGGCCUACCUCAGCUGAGGUAAACUGCUUCUAGAACGGUCCCAGGAGAAAUCUGCUGUUCAGAAACUAUGACCAAGCAUAUUGUCAGAUGUAAUUAAUAUCGCUCAUACAUCAUCUUAUAUUCUUAUACAUGUCAACCUAAAAUAGUCAUAUAAGAAGCUCAUGUCUUUUUAAUUAGGUACUCGUGUAUACGUUAUGAAAAUAUUAUAAUAACCAGUUUCCUUCUGAUAAUUACCUAACUAACGUUAAUUCUCACUUUAUCUCCUCCCAUUCUCUCUCUCUAGCCCCGCCCCUAUACACCCUACCUCUUCAUCUCUCUACCACUUUGGCUGGACUGGUUUGUACUAUAGAUAUGUUAAAGAGCUAUGACUAGACAUAAAGAAAUGAAAAAGUACAAGAAAUGUAUGCUUCUAAAAAUUUAGCAUGAAGAUGAAGAAUAGUUUUUGUGUGUGUUCUUGGUAAUGGAAGUUAGUAAAGUACGUGAAGAUAUAUUACGGACCAACAUUUCAGAGUAUUCAUGGAUUUUGAAGAAGAGGACCAGUUGACGGUUUCUCUAAUAUGUGCUCAUGAAACCCAUGAGCUGCUGUUGAAGAGGACAACCAAUAUGACGGGCCACGUAACAGCUGAGGGAUCUCCCUGUUCUCAUCGUCUCUCUGUGAAAUCUCAGAAGGAUGAGCGGGACCGAGCAGAGAGUGUGCUCAGCAGGUCUCAGUCGGUGUGUGAUGAUACGUCCUCUGAGCUUCAGCGAGUAGCCGCUCUAGAGCCUAGGGAUGGGCCAUCCAGAAACUCAUUUAGAGGCAGAGGAGCAUUAUCCAGAUUGGUGAGUCUCGUGGUCAUUCUGAGAGACUGGGCACACAAGAGUCUGGUAGAAGAGGAGGAGAGACCAGAUUCCUUCUUGGAGAGAUUUCGUGGACCCGAAGUACAGGCCCCUCCAAGCAGAAGCAGCAACAACCAACCAGAUGCCAACGGCAACACUAAAGGAAAUACAAAGAAGAUAUGGGAGACAUUUAUUGUUUCAGCCUCUGAUGAUUUAUACUAUUACUGGCUGUUCUUCAUCGCUGCAGCUGUGCUCUAUAACUGGGUUCUGCUUGUGGCCAGAGCAUGUUUUGAUGAACUGCAGUCUGAAAAUCUCAUUGUCUGGCUGGUGUUGGACUAUAUGUGUGAUUUUGUCUACAUACUGGAUUCAUGUAUGCGGCUGAGGACAGGUUACCUGGAACAAGGACUUCUGGUGAAGGACCUGGCAAAACUCAGAGACAGCUACGUUCAAACAUUUCAGUUCAAGAUGGACGUUAUCUCCAUCCUCCCCACUGACCUAGCAUACAUCGCUUUGGGUAUUAACACACCACAGCUACGUUUUAAUCGUCUCUUGCGAUUCCCCCGCAUGUUUGAGUUCUUUAACCGAACAGAGACGAGAACCAAUUACCCAAACAUCUUUCGUAUCUGGAACUUGGUGCUCUACAUCCUGGUCAUUAUUCAUUGGAAUGCCUGUAUCUUCUAUGCCAUCUCAAAGUCUUUGGGAUUUGGGUCUGAUGGAUGGGUUUAUCCCAAUGUCUCAUCCACAGAAUUUGGAUCUCUAAAACGGAGUUAUGUGUACUGCUUCUACUGGUCCACACUGACGCUUACCACCAUCGGUGAGAUGCCACCACCUGAACGGGAUGAGGAAUACGUGUUCGUUGUGUUUGAUUUUCUAGUUGGAGUCUUGAUUUUUGCCACCAUCGUUGGUAACGUCGGUUCCAUGAUUUCCAAUAUGAACGCCACGCGGGCAGAGUUCCAGGCACGCAUUGAUGCUAUUAAACAUUACAUGCAUUUUCGCAAGGUAAGCCGCAACCUGGAGACACGCGUCAUCAAAUGGUUCGACUACCUCUGGACCAAUCAGAAAGCAGUGGACGAACAGGAAGUCUUAAAGAAUCUUCCUGAUAAGCUACGAGCAGAAAUUGCUAUCAAUGUUCAUUUAACCACUCUGAAGAAAGUUCGAAUCUUUCAGGACUGUGAGGCCGGGUUGUUAGUAGAGCUAGUUUUAAAACUACGACCUCAGGUGUACAGUCCUGGUGAUUACAUCUGCCGAAAAGGAGACAUUGGAAAAGAGAUGUAUAUUAUUAAAGAAGGAAAGUUAGCAGUUGUUGCAGAUGAUGGAGUGACACAGUUCGCAUUGCUCACAGCUGGAGGAUGCUUUGGGGAAAUUAGCAUCCUUAACAUUCAGGGUAGCAAAAUGGGAAACCGCCGAACUGCCAACAUCCGUAGUAUUGGCUACUCGGACCUCUUUUGCCUUUCAAAAGACGACCUUAUGGAAGCGGUGACUGAAUACCCAGAUGCUCAGAAGGUCCUGGAGGAACGUGGAAGGGAAAUUUUAAGAAAACAGGGGCUUUUAGAUGAAAGUGCUGCUGCACAGGGAGGCAUUCUUGCCAUGGACACAGACGAGAAGGUGGAUCGUCUAGAGUCCUCACUGGAUGUUCUACAGUCCCGUUUUGCUCGAUUGCUAGGAGAGUUUACAGCAACUCAAAGCGGAUUAAAGCAAAGACUCACAGCGCUUGAAAGACAGUUGUGUCAUACAGGGCUUGGGAUUGUGUCAGAUCAAGAGAUGGACUUUGAAAGUGAUGGCAACACAACACACGAUAACUCAACCUCACAGACACGCACACAACCAGACACUGAGAGGCCAAGCAACACAGAUUCCCAAUGGGAAAACCCUUCCUCACGCAGGAACAGCAGAGGUCAUGACUAAAUUCAAAAGGAUUCUUGUGCUUUUUUAAAGGAUGGGCAAUAAUACUCACUAAAUUCCAUUAUCAGUACACAAGUCAAACAUGACAAAAGUAAGAGUAUCCCAGAAAAAGUAGUCCUGGUGUGUAGAUAAGAGCAUACUUCAUAAGGUUUUUUUAAGAUAAACUUACUGGACUAGAUGGUCUAGAUCAGUAGAUCUCAACCUUGUUGACUUCAAGGUAAUUAUUGAACCUCCCCCAUUUCUACCCAAUAAAAUAUUCUAGAGCUUGACAUAACUACAGAUGUAUCAUAUAUUUGUUACAAACAUAACCAGACACAAAAAAAAUUAUAAUUAUUGGUGUUUUAUCAUAUUUCGAUGCUUGUUUUCCCCCUCCCACUUGGUUAAAGAUCCCCUAUUUGGUGGCUAUAAAGAACGUUAAUUUGUGUAUUUGGUGUAAUUCAAUGAAUUCAUGUGGUUUAUGAUUCAAAAAACACAUUAUUUUGCCAUGCAUUAUUAUUGCUCCUCUAUCCCCUGCCUCUCUGUGUCGAUUUUGUACAAAGCACAUCAUUCUGAAAGGCAUGGUGUGCUCCGAUUGGCCAGCUAUCCAGUGCGUUGUGAUUGGCCGAAUACCUCUAGCGUCUGGAGGAAAUGUGACGCUCCUGCAGAACUGACAGGAGUUAAUAUCGUCUUUACUACCUUAUCAGUAUAAGCCCAAAUCUGAUCCAGAAAGUGCAGAUGACCACGCUGAUCGAUCAACUUUGCCAGGGCGGCUUGAGCAGGACGUAACAAAUUGGUAAGGUAACUGGUGACAGCUUGUUUUAUCGGGUUGUCUAGGUAAUCCAAAACGGCAACAUGGGGGUAGCACGGAUACAUGAAGAAAAUGCCAUUCGCCAGAAGAAUCAGUCUGUGAACUUCCUUAGAAUGAGUGCAAGAGGUGGAUGCACGAGUACACCAUGUACCAGGUUAUGGCUGGAGUGGCGAAGGGAAUGGAUGCAACCCUGAGGAGCAUGAACCUUGAAAAGGCUUAUAUAAGCAAUAUGUAUGUGUGUUUAUGCUGGACCUUUAAAG